AUGGCUAGCAAGGCGGAGAAAAAACUAGCAGCGGACCUUCUGACGAGACGACGAGCGUGUGCCGAACGAGAUGUGGUGGAGAAGUUCGUAGCGGAUUUCACCUAUGAACGAGAUUGUUGCCAGGUUGCGGUACGUUUGGAGGCGCUCAACAAGUGCAACGAGUUGUUCCUAAACGUGCAGAACGACAUCGAAAUGGGCGAUAGCGAAGAACGGUUUGAAACACACCUAGAAUUCCGUGCUGAUUUUGAGGAUCGAUUCUGCAGGGCGAAGGGUUUUUUGCUGUCCAAACUGGAGAGUAGGGAGCAUCCGUUGAGUUCGACGAUCAUCCACGCAUCGGCUUCUCAUAGCAUGUCUUCCAGCUUUCAUCAUCGUCUGCCAAAAAUCGAUUUGCCGAAGUUUAGUGGAGAUGAAUCGCGUUGGAUCUCGUUCCGUGACAAUUUUCUCUCGAUGAUCCACUGCAACGAGGACAUUCCAAUCGUCAACAAGCUGCAGUACCUAUUACAGUCACUGGAAGGAGAGGCCAAGAAACCAUUCGAAUCUGUGGACGUUCAAGCCGAUAAUUAUUCAUCGACAUGGGACGCUUUGAAAAAGCGGUAUGACAACAAGCGUUUCCUUAGGAAAGAGCUUUUCCGUGGCCUGUACAACCUUCCACCUCUUCAGCAUGAGUCCGCACAAGACCUCAACACACUGGUUGACGAUUUUCAGCGACACGUUAAGGCACUGGGGAAAUUGGGUGAACCUAUCGAGCAUUGGGACACUCCACUCAGCUUUAUCCUGACGAAUAAGUUAGAUUCGGCGACAAUUCGUGCAUGGGAGCAAGAUACUCGACAGAAGGAUGAGGUGAAAUACGACGAGCUCAUCGAGUUUCUUAUCCACCAGGUCCGGAUGUUGAAAUCCGUGGACAGCGAUCUCCAGCAUCGUUCCUCAGUGCCCACCGUUUCCAAGGUGGCCGGACAAAUCCCGAAGAAACCAGUUCCCAUCCGAUCUGUCGUGAACACAGCUACGUCCGAAACUCAAUCCAGUACUUCGCCAUGCCACUGUUGUUUGAGAACACAUCCACUUCACCAAUGUCCAGCAUUUUCGAAUCUGUCAAGCUCCCAACGGCGAGAGCUUGUGACACAGCACAGCCUUUGCUGGAAUUGCUUCCGUACAAAUCACCAGGCAAGAUCCUGCAAAUCCAAAUUUAUUUGCCGGAUUUGCCAAGCGAAGCAUCACACUAUGUUGCACGACCAAGCAGCACCACCGAAUGAGUUCUCACCCGAAAGAUCACAGCUCCCACAAGUGAAUCCAGGUCCGAGCGGUUCACUCAACCCACCAACGAUAAAUCUAUCCGUGCAUUCAAAUUCGACGGUUCUAUUGGAGACAGUUGCGCUGUUAGUUGUCGACCGAUACGGCAGAAAGAUUCCAGCACGAGCUCUUCUAGAUUCCGCAGCAAUGUCCAACUUUAUCACCAGGAAGCUGGCGAACGAACUCGCCACCCAACAAACUCCCGUGGACAUCGCAGUUGCCGGAAUUGGAGAGUCAGUCAAACGCAUCAGAAAAAGGUUAGCUGCCAAAAUCGUAUCCAGGAACAGCGAUUUCUCCACCACACUCGAUUUCCUCGUCAUGAAGAAGCCAACCUCCCAUCUUCCCACAUCCCCGAUCGAUACAACUGCCUGGAAAAUGCCACAGGUUCCAUUGGCGGAUCCUCAGUUCAACGUUCCAGCAACAAUCGACAUGAUCAUCGGUGGAGAAUGUUACCACGAGUUUCACACAGGCGUACGCCACUCUCUUGGUGAUAAUUCUCCGUUUUUGGUGGACACCCUCUUUGGCUGGACAGUUUCUGGCAAAGUGGAUUCCAGCUCCACCACCGCACCGCGAGCGUGCUUCCUCUCCACCGUUGAUCAAACCCGAGAAACGAUUCCUGGGGAGUUCCGGCCAAUUGACACCACCGAUGGGAGCCAAAGGAUGGACGUUGAACCCUCCACCACUCAAAUCCACGACGAAGGAUACGUUGCCUGUCAUUCCCGGCCCAAUAAUCCAAAAACCACCCUUGGAGAUUUUCGCACGAAGACCACACACCAAAACUCCACCAAAGAUACAAGCCACAAGAUACCUGAAAACACCACCCAACCCAGAAAUAUGCACAACAGCGAUCCUGUUGAGGACGAACCACACUGCUAUCUGCCACAUCACCCGGUGCUCAAGGAAGCCAGCAAAACCACCAAUGUACGCGUGGUAUUCAACGCAUCCUAUGAGCCCAAUUCAGGGUACGCGCUCAACGAUAUGCUGCUCGUUGGUCCCGUCGCUCAACACUGCCUGCUGUCCAGUACUCCUCUAAGCGCAUCCAAGGUCAUCGAUGAAGGAGAAGGCGCUGCCUGUGGAUCCUGCUGCAACGUUGUCCCUUUGGCCAAGCAGCCCUCUGUUACCGUUAUGGAGUACUGUGCACCUGUUCUGCAAACAGCACCGUUCCGGAUACCCCAACGCUCAAAGUCGCCACCGCAUCGUUGGAGAACUGUCGCUGCUAAACGUGCAACUGCUAUCCAGAUUGGUACAGACGGGCCCAGUUGGAGACUCAUUCCGGGAGUGCACAAUGCAGUCAGCGAAUUCUCCAGAAACCUACAGCCGUCCGACUUACUUGCAUGGUGUUACGAUCCGUCGUUGCAAAAAUACCGGCCCUGUUCUGUCCCCUUGCGACCACUAGAUCGCCUUGCACAGCUUCAUCCAGGUCGAAAUGGAGUCGUUCCGGUUUUAGGACUAGAGACAGCCCAGCGAGAUGGUUGUCAAAACCACCGACGACCAGAAAAGGCUACAAAGACCGGUAGAGCACGCCGAACGUGCUCAACGCGCCAAUGGAGCGCUAAAAGAUCCUUAGACGUCUUUUCAUUCCUCAUCAUCAUCGAGAUCCUUCUACAAAGACCGGCAGAGCACGCCGAAUGUGACUCACUGCGCAUGUCGAGCGCUAAUAGUUCGCCAACUAUUGAACAUCGUCGCAGCAUCUCAUCGUAUACCAUCGAGAACGGCCUACAACAGCAGUAUCAACAGCAGAGUCUUCAAAGAUCGGUAGAGCACACCGAACGUUGCUCAACGCGCUAA